AUGGUCGACUACUUCGAUAACUACGCUCGAUUCUGUUUCGACAAAUUCGGGAGUAAAGUGAAAUACUGGAUCACUCUGAACGAGCCGGCGAUCGUCAUGUUACGUCAUCCCUUUUACAUGUUUGACAUAUCGAAUAAAACCAAGCUAUCGACUCUACGAUAUCGCACGGCUUACAACCAAAUACUUGGCCAUGCCAAAGCGUAUCAGACCUACAAGGAGAAUUUCUAUGAAAAGCAGGGUGGAUAUAUAAUGCUUGCUUUAAGCUCAGGGUGGGCUGUCCCAAAAACUGACUCGAUCCAGGACAUGGCCGCUGCAGACAGGUACAUGCAGUUUCAUCUUGGCAUCUUUGCGCAUCCCAUAUUUGUGAAUGGUGAUUACCCUGAUGUUGUUAAAAGCAUUGUGGGUAACCGUAGUGAGGCUGCUGGGAUUGCAAGCCGCCUGCCUAGCUUCACUGAGGAAGAGAAAAUUAUGAUCAAAGGAAGUUACGAUUUCUUUGGCCUGAAUCAUUACUCCACCGACAAAGUAGCUGACAGACCCUCAGGAGACGAACAAUCGUUUAAUGCCGACGAGGCUUUCAAAAAGAGUGGUGACCCUGCCUGGCCAGAUUGGGUCAACGGUCACGUGGCUCCAUUUGGAUUCCGUAAGCUGUUGAAAUACAUAAAAGACAAUUACAACGACCCAACCGUUAUCGUAACGGAGAAUGGAGUCUCACCUCCUACAGAAGCGAGUAAAACCGGUGAAAAGAGGUUGGAUGACGCUUUCAGAGUGGACUACCAUAAGAGGUAAAUACCGUGUUUAUUCGAUUAAACGCCACGGCUUUUAGUUGAAUACUAAUUGUUUCAGAUGCGGCGUUUAUUAAUAUUCAAGGCGCCGUUUAUUUCAAAAUCACAUUUCUUAAGUCACUGACAACAAUUACGAUGAUUCAAUUGUAAAUACAGUCAACUCUCGCCUUGCAGACACCCCGAUAAAACGGACAGUAGCUAAACCCCCGGCAAAAGCAAAUUAGAAACGUUUGAGUGAAAUAAACUCCCCCUAUUACAGACUCCCGCUAAAAAGAACAGUAACUUGAGGUCCCUACAGUGUCCGUUAUAAAGGGAGUUGACUGUAUUAUGUAAAACAGAAAUAUGUUUUGAGUUCUUAUGUCUCACUUUUUGCUGAGAGAGAAUGGUAAUAAUUAUCUGAGUAGUAGUGUACACUACAAAGUUGCACUAUUUUUCUUAUUAUCCUCGAAUAAACGCCGCAUAAUUCUGCUAAUUGGGUGCGGCGUUUAUUCGAGAGCGGCUUCUAUUCGAUGGCGGGGUUUAAUGGAGUGAAAACGGUAAUUAACGUACAGAUAUACAAAUAAUUGAGUACCUGAAAGGUAAACGAGUGCUGCCGUACUGUUUCUCGCGUUCAGAUAGCGCGCGCAAUUAGAAUACUUAAUGUGUAGCUUUUGUGACGCAAUUUGUUCGCCAAGUCGUCAGAAGUUUUACUCGGGUUUAUGAGAACACUUUCUUCAAGAAUUAUUGACCACUCCAGAAAAUACCAUAACAUACCAUAAUGUUUUUUGUUUGUCACCCCAAAAUUUUGCAUAAGCAUUGUUUUCAGUUUCUCUUCGGGCCAUUUUAACUCCCAAGAGAAACUGAAGACAAUGCCUAUGCAAAAUUUUGGGGUGACAAACAAAGAACAUUAUGGUAUGUUAUGGUAUUUUCUGGAGUGGUCAAUUAUGGAAUGAUAGUUUAGUAAAAACCACAGGCGUAGAAGACAAUGAAAAAAAAAAAACAAAAAACAAACCCGAUUUUAAAAGAAUUUCGAAAGAAACACAUAUUACAUUCUUAGAGAGUUUUCGAGACUACGAAAGCUUCAGACAUAUAACGUAACAUCAUCGGCAGUGUGAAGAUAUCUUGGCUAAUAUAUAUGUCAUGAAAGAGAAAUUCAUCACAGACACGUUACAAGAGAGGAUUUCAAGCAACGAACUACAUGCAACAGUUGGUGUAUGAAAGCAAUGCGUGUGCAAGUAAUAGUGGUAAAAAUCCGGUACUUUGUGGUUAAAAAUCCAGAUGCAUCGUGGGUAGGAAUCCGAAAUUUUUGUCCCUGUACAGAUUAGAUCUACUGCUUUGCUUGCUCGCUUCAGGCUCACUCGCGCGGCAGCAAUUAGGUUGAAUUAGGACAUUUAUCACGGAUGUUGUUACUUAGUCAAAAGGACAGGCUUCUUGACAGCUGUAACAGCUCCUCUUAGUGCCCCAUAGUUUAGGUAACAGCGGCUACUUCCGUUAGACGAGAACUUGGUAAAAUCACAGCCUAUUAAAACACAUUGAAGUCAAUAGUUUUCCUUGAUCACGAUCAUGGGUGUUCUCAUCUAUUUAUUGCAUAUUUCUGGAUUUAUUGCAGAUAUACUAAUGAGAUGUUGAAAGCGAUCACCGAUGACGGCGUUAAAGUGAAAGGUUACAUGGCGUGGACGUUGAUGGAUAACUUCGAGUGGGGAUCUGCUUAUUCCACUCCGUACGGGAUACAUUUUGUCGACUUUGAAAACAACCCUAGCCUCACCCGUGUUCCCAAGAAGUCAGCCAAGUUCUUCAAGCAGCUAAUAGCAGACAAUGGGUUUCCUGGACCAGUUUUAAAGUCCAGAAGUUUGAAGAUGCUUACUAAUGAUGCUUUGCUUUUCACCUUCGCCGUCGCCUUGAUAUAUAGCUGA